AUCCUCCCUCCCUCCUGACUAUGCCGCCGAAUAAUUCAUUGACUAUAAUAGGGAAGAUCAACACUUCUAACCCCAAAGUAUGGAUCGUCAUCGGCGUCACCAUAGCUGGGAUACUCAUUCUUACUGAGACCCGUCGCCGGCGACUUAUAUCCAAGACCUUAAAUAGACAACAUUUUGGUGCCUUCAUUCAAAACCUCGACUUGUUGCCCUUCCCCCAGCCUCCCCCUCCGGCUGCUCGCCUGCCCCUCUCCGCCUUCACCUUUGCCGUUUCUGACAACAUUGAGGUGAAAGACUAUAUUACAGGGUUUGGAAACCCUGAUUGGAAGAGGACACAUGAGGCUGCUCUUAAGACUGCGGUUGUCUUAACUGCCCUGCUCAAGAAUGGAGCUACUUGUGUUGGGAAGACUGUUAUAGCCGAAUUAGGUUAUGGGAUUACUGGGGAGAAUGUGAAUUAUGGAACACCAAUUAACCCACAAAUGCCUUCUCACAUUCCCGGGGGAUCAUGUAGCGGUUCGUCUGUUGCAGUUUCUGCUGAGCUUGUGGAUUUUUCUCUUGGUACUGACACAAUUGGCUGUGUGAGAGUAUCGGCAUCAUUUUGUGGAAUUCUUGGUUAUCGUCCAUCUCAUGGAAGUAUAUCUACUGUGGGCAUCCUGCCAAAUUCACAAAGUUUAGACACAAUUGGUUGGUUUGCCAGAAGUCCAUCUGUUUUGCAUAGUGUUGGCCAUGUUCUACUGCAACUAAACCAGUUGGAACCUAGAAGAACUAGACGCUUAAUUGUAGCUGAUGAUCUGUUCCAGUUUUCUAAGAUUUCCAAGCAGAAGAUUAUUCAUGUCCUUAGCAAAUCAGCUGAAAAGUUAUCUGGCUAUCAGUUACCCACGCAUACAAAUUUUGGUCAACAUAUUGCUUCCAAUGUACCCAGUCUGAAUGGAUUCCGAGAACAAGCAAACAAUCUACAAGUUGGAAAUUUAACCCUGAAAGCACUUUCUUCUGCGAUGUUUCUUCUACAUAGAUAUGAAUUCAACACAAAUCACAGUGAGUGGGUUAAGUCGCAUAAACCCAAAUUAGGCCAUGAUGUCUCCGUUCUUGCAGCAUCUACAACUACAAAUGACAUUAAGAUUUUGUAUAAAGUAAGAACAGAAAUGCGUGCGGCCCUGCAAAGUCUUUUAAAGGAUGAUGGAAUAUUGGUGAUCCCAACAGUUGCAGAUCAUCCCUUGAAACUUAACUCAAAGAAGGGGGUUGUAACAGAUUUUUCAGACAGAGCUUUUCCUCUAUUAAGCAUUGCAAGUAUGUCAGGUUGCUGUCAGGUUACAGUUCCACUUGGAAAGCAUGAAGGUUUUCCAAUCUCUGUUUCUCUUAUUGCACAACAUGGAGCAGAUAAAUUCCUCCUUGAUACUGUCUUAGACAUGUACUCAUCUCUUCAGCAACAGAUUGCCCUUGUUUCUGACUCCACACCUUUGCCAGAUACCAAUGGAAACAUGGAAAAUUCUGAGCUUCUGAAAGAAAAGGGUAAUGCUGCAUUCAAAGGGAGGCAAUGGAAUAACGCUGUAAGUUACUAUUCGGAAGCCAUAAAGCUGUCUGAAAAUGCAACUUACUAUUGCAACCGGGCGGCAGCCUUCUUGGAAUUAGGAUGCUUCCGGGAAGCUGAAGAAGACUGCAACAAGGCAAUAUCACUUGAUAAGAAGAACGUAAAGGCUUAUCUAAGGCGGGGAACAGCAAGAGAAUCACUUAUCUUGUAUAAGGAAGCUCUCAAGGAUUUCAAACAUGCUCUUGUCUUGGAACCGCAGAAUAAAGUUGCGAGAUUUGCGGAGAAAAGGUUACAAAAAUUGAUGAGCUGAUCCUUAUUCUAUCAAAGCAAAUGACAUAAAAGUGGAGGAAAUGACCAAUAUUUAUUUGAUAGACUACUUCUACUUUGGUGGUUUGCUUAAAUUUUGACUAUUUUGUAUAUCUUAAAGUGUAGUAAUGGAUACCCAAUACAAUAUAGAGAAAGAUCAAUGAAAUAUAUGGCCUUUU